CCUCAGCUUUCACGAUGAUUCACCUGGCUGUGUUCUUGUGCGCAUGCGCCUCUCUGCUCGCCCCGGUGGCCUCCCAGGAUAUUUUCAACAACAGGGAAUCGUUCUCUCAGAGCCUGACUCUCGCACGCAAGAUUCACACCGACGUCCACGCUCUGCUGAGCAAAUACAAGGAAGUGCACAUUGGAAGCAAGUCCUUCGAAGACUACAGCCUGCUGAUGAGCAGCCUGCCGACCGUCAACUUGAAGUACACCACCUGGCUGGAAAUGGAGGACAGCGAGAGGCUCCUGGUCAACUUCAAGGAUCUCCACAUCUUCUGGAUCCAUGUGGACGCCAAGCGCAUCUACGAGCUGGAAAGCGUGCCCCGGAGCCAGCUCGCCCAGAACAUGCAGGUGGUUCUGCUGGACAUCCGGGAUCUGCAGUACCAGAUGAAGCACCAGCUGGAAUCUCUGGAAACCCCGGCUCCUGAAACCCUGAGCCAGUCGGUACCUGACGCCCUGCUGAACCCCCAGAAUGAGUGGCUGAGCAAGCUGCAGGGCUAUAUCAUCCUGAGAGAUCUGGAGAGGUACCUGGGCAAGGUGGUGCGUGACUUCACCCUGCUUAGCACCAAAUACCAGCAGUGAGGACCCUCUGAGGCGCUGCAGACCCUUAGAACAGUUUCACCACAGUAAAAACACAGCAGGUGCAAUAAAGCACAUUGAAAGCAUGGGAAAGCAUAGCGAAGCAUUGCAAAGCACAGAGAGGGCUGGUAAAGCAUAGCGAAGCAUUGCAAAGCACAGAGAGGUCUGGUAAAAAAUGAUGUGCAUUAAAAUGCUGUGGUAAACUUUUAUAAGGGGUCCAGUUAAUAUUUAUUAUAAAUUGCAAACGCUUUUAUUUGUUUAUUUAUUUAUUUAUUUAUUUAUUUA